AUGUUUCUCCAUAAGGUCUAUAUGAAGGGUUUCAAAUCGUACAGUCAAUCCGCUCCCAAACAAGUCGAGUUUAUCAAGGGAGUCAACUGUUUGGUUGGUCCGAACGGUAAAGGAAAGAGUAAUAUUGUGGACGCUAUUUGUUUCGCCUUAGGAUUUGAUAUCAAACAAUUGAGAGUGAGCAAAUUGGAUGAUCUUCUCACCACGAGAGGAGAUGAAAAGGAACCGUAUGCCUUUGUUCAAUUGAUCUUUUCCAAUUAUCAUCCGAAUGGAGAAAAUUCCUCUCGGAAGGAAAGGCUUGAUAAGGGUGAAGAGGAUGAUUUCAUGAAAGACGAUGAUGUUGUUGUUGAUGAUGAUGAGAACUUAAAGGAACCUCAUUCAUCCUUGUGUUCUUCCUCGAAAACAACUACAUCAUCAUCAUCAUUGGAAGAGGAACACUCCACUCAAAGCACAACAACUCUGCAACAUGAAUUAUCGGUAACCAUCUUUAAAGACAAGAAUGCGAGAAAGUACAAACUCGAUGGAAAGCAUGUCUCUCUGAGAGAAGUGCAAAACUUUCUGUUUAGAAAUGGUCUUAGAAAUUGUGCGAAUUAUGUCAUUUUGCAGAAUCAGGUCAUUGCUUUGAGUUUCAAAGAUCCAAAGAAGCUUGCAGAAAUGAUCACAGAUGAGAGCGGAGGACUCAAUUUUCAACAAAAGGUUGAAAAAGCUCUUCAUGAUUUGGAGUUGUGGAAAGGGACAGAAAACCAUAUCAUGCAACAAAUAGACAGGUUGAAAAAAGUGAUUGAGGAAGAUUUGAAAAAGAUUCAAUUGGUUCAAGAGAAGCAAAGUGUUGAGACAGACUUGAGAUAUGCAAGAAUUGCUGUCAAAUUAUCAAAAAAGACUCGCCUUGGAAAAAAUGUUGCAACCAAGUUGGAAGAUCAGGCUAAUAUUCGUCAACAAGCAGCAAGCAUGCAAAACGAAUUGUCGAAAAUUUUAUCGACUGUCGAUAAGUUUAAUAUUGAUCAAGACGACCGCACUCGACAAGCUUGUGAGGAGUGUUUGGCAGAGCUAGAGUUGUUGGAAAAGAAUCGUCAAGAUUUGGAGUUCAAUGUUGAUCUUAUCCAAGAAGAGAUUUCUCAGCUCGAAGAAAAGCAAAAGAAAAUGCUUGAAGCAUACGAGCAACAACUCCAUUUGGAAGAAAAAAGAAAGAACGAAAUGAGUAGCCGACAACAAAUGCUAACAAUCAUGGAUGCUAGAAUAACUGUCAUCACUACCAUGAUGAAAAGUUCAACACAAAGUACCGUGACUAGUGCUGAACAACUCUCCACUCAGAUCAUGCAAGCAGAGGGAACAAUAGAGUCACUGACCGCUUCUGUUCGGCACCUUACCGCAGCAUUACAAAACCUACAAACUGAAAAGUCGAAAACAGAGGGUCAAAUCCUCGAGCUGCAAAAUUUGAUAGCAUCGUUGAAUUUAAGGUCAAACUUAACGCUCGGUGAAGUUCAACAGCAACUGUCACACGUUAGACAUGAGAUGGAAAGAUACGAAAGCAACAUUCAUUCCAUGAACAGCCAAUAUUCAAACCUUUCGAAUGAACUCAGUUAUCAUGAGCUUGACUUCAACCGAAACUCGACACUGAUCAACAUGAUUACAUUCAAAACCAAUGCUGAAGAUUAUACGCUUCCUCUCUCUAUUAUUGCUGGUAGAAAUAUUUUCAACGUCAUCACUCAAACAACAGAUGAAGCCGAAGAAGUGUUAAACCUUUACAACAAACCCAAACGACAUUGUGUCAUUUGGCCAAUGGAUAGACUCGAUGCUUCCCCACAAAGAAAAAAGAUUGAAUACCAAAGAAAACUCAUCGAGAGAAGAGAUUUGCAGUUUAUCAUUCCUAUGGAACUAAUGAAUUAUAGUUCAGAAAUUGAAACAGCAAUUGUUCGAUGUUUUGGAGAUUUUGUCAUUUCUCCUUCGAAUGACAUGUCAAAGAAGUUGCUUCAGCUUGGAAUUUCUUCGGUAACACGUGAUGGAGUCAAACAUAUUCCUGGACGAGUGAUUGGUGGUGAUUUCUCACCUCUUCAGUCCUCAAAUUUAAUUGUAAAAAGAAUCAAGCAACAACAAGUUCACAACAAAUUAAUGGAAGAACAACGGUGCGUUGAAAUUGUAAAGCUCAAGAUUAUUGAGCAUGAAAAAUUGAGGAAGGAAAUUGAAUCGUUCCAACAGUCCACUCAAAGAUUGAAUCAACAACGAGAAUAUUUAGAAAAGCUAAACGACCAAGAAAAGAUGUUGCACGAAAGAAUUUCAAAAGAAAACAUUGAUGUUAUGGAGUUUAACGUCAAGAAAAAAUUCUGGCAAGAACAAUUACACUCUACAAAUGCAGUGGAGAAAUUGAAUAUGGAGCUCGACCAUUUGACCACUGAAAGGGAGAAAUUAGUGGACGAGCUUGACAAUUUAGAACAGCAAGAAGAAGAAAAAAUCUCUUCGAGAGAGUUGAAGGAAAUCAAUGUCGAGAUUGAGAAAAUGAAAGAAAAGGAGAAAAGCCUGAAAGAGGCUCUUUGUGAUUGCAUCAAAAGAAUUGAUGAAAUAUCGCAAAGAUAUGAAUUGAUGAGAAGAAAUCAAGAAGAAGAGAAAUACAAAUCAAAAAAGUUGCUUCAAAGAAUGGAAGAAAUUGAAAAAUCCCUCAAAGCGAUGGAACAACAGGAAAAAACAAUAACGAAAGAAAUCAAUGCAUGUCAAAAAGAAAUUUCUGCCAUUGACCAUGCAACCUCUCUUGAACUCUUUGAUCAAGCGAAUGAAAUGAAUUCGAAAACCGAGGAAGAAUUAGAAGUCCUCAUUUCACACUUGGAAAAGAAAUAUAUGAAACUCAAAAAGAAAGCGAAAAACACUCUUGUCGACGCCAGUGAUGUUGAACGAAAACAACAAACACUCAAUAACAGUAUAAAUCGAGUGGAGUGGAUUAAAGUGAGUUGUGAACAGCUAAAAGAAGGCAUUUCACAUGGCCAACAAGUUGUAGAUCGUUACAACCAAAUUGCAUUCGAAAAGAUUUCCAACUUGUUCGUCAAGUACUCCUCUUUGAUGCUUCCCAACAAGGAAUGUCACCUAGCAAAAGUUGGAGAGAAAGUAAGCGAAGGAAUUGAAAUUAUUGUCAAACACAAACAAACAUCAGCGGUUUCAAGGAAAAGCAUCUUGACAAGAACAAGAGAAAAUCAAGUGAUAUCUGGAGAAAUGCAAGCGAUUCCUCUCAAUCAACUAUCUGGAGGUGAGAAAACCAUGCUAAGUUUGGCGUUUCUUUUUGCUUUGGCGACCUUCAAGAGUAGUAUGUUCUAUGUGUUGGAUGAAAUCGAUGCGAAUUUGGAUGAGGAGAAGCAAAAGAUUGUUGCUCGAAUUAUGACAACCAUGUUUAAGGACAAACAGCAAGUCAUUAUGAUUUCUCACAACUCGGCUCUUCAAAGUGAAGCUCAUCGCAUUAUUCAUGUUUAA